AUGAGAAGAGAUUUAAGUACUUAAUAAAGUUCGUAAACUGUCGAAAGCAUCUCAUAGUUGCAGCCUACGUUUCGAUUUGAAUAAGCUAUUUAAGUAUUGAGCUCAAUAUUGCUGUCCAAUUCUUUUUAUGUCAUUGCAGUCUUAUUAUUUAGCUUUGAGUUGAAUUUUGAUGGCAAUCUGCUAUCUGUUAUUUAUUGUAUCGAAUCAAAAUUGCUGUUGCAAUUGAUCCAUUAGUUAUAUUUUUAUCGAAUAUUUCUACAAUUCAGCAUAAUAGAUAAACACAUUUUAAUUAGUCUGUUAUCGACUUUAGUAGAAGGUUCUUAUUUACUUAUUCUUAACUUUUACUAGAUAUCAAGGAGAAGAGAUUUGUUAUUAUAUUCAAACAUCCUUCCUUUAGUUAAUAUACUCCUUUGGAUGAUUUUAAAAAUUAAUGAAGGAAAUUUAUACUUUAAAGAAUCAAUUUCAUAAAUUAAUAUGUAUCACGUUUUCAGAAACAUUACUUUAUUGAUAACAUCAAUAUUUUUGUGCUUAAAACUUGAAGGGUACUUUCAAACAGAAUGGCUCUACACAUUGUGGAUGUUUUGGAUGCUUUUUGGGAUUUCUGCAUUAAUAGUGAUUUAUUGUAUUUUUGUGAUUUUGGGAUUGGGAAUACAAAUAAUUUUAGAACAAAGUAGUAGGCAGAAAAAUUUAGGUUUGAGAUUUGCAUUUAUUAAUAGUUAUCGUUAAUUUCUGGAUUUUAUUUUUUAUGAUGUCAAAUGCUCUCAUGCUUUUUUUAAUCCCAAUAAUAAUACUAAAUUUUUAUAAUCAAGAAUUAUACUAAUAGUCAACUAAAUUAUAUUUUCUUAUUUUACAGUUAGAUUUAAACCAGAUAUAGUUUUAAGUUUAUAGUCUUACCUAUCUUUAAGUGAUUCAGUGAAUCCAUUAAACACUCUACCAACCUAAUAGGGAGAAGAGUAACUUUAAUAAUCCAAAAAAUAAGAUUUAAUGGAUAGUCAGGUAAUAGAGCGUCCCAUCUAAAUUCCAAAAGUCGUAAAGAGAAUAUCAAAAACCUACUUUGGAUUUGAUGAUCUAUUUGCUGAUAAAAAGUCAGAGGUUUAACUCCAUAGUAAAAAACCAACUCAUCAUAAGGCCUUAUCGUCAUAAAUAUAAAGACCUUAAUAAAAUGAAUAUGAAAAUAUCAAAUUAUCUUCUUUAAUUAACAUUGGGAUGAGUGAAGGCCAACAGAGUAAUGCAGAAUUAGAAAAUAAUUUAAAAGAAUUUGAAUAAGCCAAUCAACCUGGAUCAGUCUCAUUAUCAUCUAUAAAUGCAUGCUGUAUAUGUUUUGAUAAUGAGCCCAAUUCAUUAUUUAUGUAAUGUGGUCAUGGAGGAGUCUGCUAUAAUUGUGCAAUUGAUUUAUGGAAAAACAAAGCUGAAUGUUAUCUAUGUCGAAAUAAAAUCGAUAGAGUUUUGAAAAUCAAAAUGAUUGAAUAAUAAAAGAAUAUCUACUAAGUUAUUGCUGCUACUGAAAUGAAUUAAAAACUAAAAAUUUAACAAAAGAACUUUACAUAGAAUUAAUAAUAAUGA